CGUGCGCACAGCCCUCUUUCGGAGACACGAUUUCGCGCAGCUGGAGGGUCAGAUUGGGCGCCACGAGGCGGAAAUACGUAACGGCGGUUUCCGGUGACCGCGUACGCGUCCAAGGCAGCGGGAUGGAGGAGGUGCCUCACGACUGUCCCGGGGUCAGCAGCGCCCAAGCAGGUCGAGGGGCCUCAUGUCAGGGGUGCCCCAACCAGGGGAUCUGCGCUUCUGGAGCUGGUGCCGCUCCGGACCCGGCCAUAGAGGAAAUCAAAGAAAGAAUGAAGACCGUGAAACACAAGAUCUUGGUGUUGUCUGGGAAAGGCGGCGUUGGGAAAAGCACAUUCAGUGCCCACCUGGCCCACGGCCUAGCAGAAGAUGAAAACACACAGGUGGCUCUUCUAGACAUUGAUAUAUGCGGGCCGUCAAUUCCCAAGAUCAUGGGAUUGGAAGGAGAACAGGUUCACCAGAGUGGCUCGGGCUGGUCUCCAGUGUUCCUGGAAGACAACUUGGGGGUGAUGUCCGUGGGUUUCUUGCUCAGCAGCCCCGAUGAUGCCGUUAUCUGGAGGGGACCAAAGAAAAAUGGCAUGAUCAAGCAGUUCCUCCGAGACGUCGACUGGGGCGAGGUGGACUACCUCAUCGUGGACACCCCGCCCGGGACGUCGGAUGAACACCUGUCGGCCGUGCAGUACCUGGCCGCAGCGCACAUCGAUGGGGCGGUUAUCAUCACCACGCCGCAGGAGGUGUCGCUCCAGGACGUCCGGAAAGAGAUCAGCUUCUGCCACAAGGUGAAGCUGCCCAUCAUCGGGGUGGUGGAGAACAUGAGCAGCUUCACCUGCCCCAAGUGCCAGAAGGAGUCUCAGAUAUUCCCGCCAACGACUGGGGGUGCGGAGGUCAUGUGCCAGGACCUGAAGGUCCCGCUUCUCGGCAAAGUGCCUCUGGAUCCACGCAUAGGUAAGAGUUGCGACAAAGGAGAGUCUUUUUUUGCUGAAGUACCGGAUUCACCAGCCACUUUAGCCUACAGAAGUAUAAUUCAGAGAAUCCAGGAGUCCUGUAGUCUGCGUCAGCCAAAAGGGGAGAACCUCGUCGGCUCCUGAAACAGGAGGACGUUAGGGACACAGGCGGCACGUCCCAUCACACCUGACCAGCUGGGUGACAGAGCAGGGGUCACAGGCAGAGAGGGACCAGCCCCAGGCAUGGUGGGAAGUCCCUUUUUCAGAGACACUUUAAUCGUCUAACACUUGUACACUUUUCUUUAGAACAUAUGUAAAGGGCAUUCUUUACAGAUGUGCUGUUUGAAAAAUAAAAACAUCUCCUCAAGCCUCUGCCCCGAGGCCUGCUUCAUGUAAAAAACCAGCGGCUUGUGGGUCAUGGAAUUUUCUUCUCUGUCGGAAGCUGUUCCAUUACAGAAGCUCUCACUUGAGCCUUCGCUGCCUCGGAAAAUAAGCCUGAAAAAGAACCAAAGGGAUAAAGGGGUGAAUGUGUGGCUUCGCUGCAGAUAUUCAGUCACAGUUUCAGACAGCAUAGUGCAAACGCUGUUCCUCAGGCGGAGAAAAAAUUACAGCAGUGAUUGAUAGACCCUCCUGCUGGGGCUUGUCCUGAGGUCAGUGCACACCACACGGCUGGGCGUAGUCAAAAAACCCUCGGAUCACCCAUAGGAGAACAGAUUUGGGGGUCAGUGUCGACACCCUGUAUAGGAAUGUGUGUUCACUAUAUCCAGCAAUUUCCAGUGUCAGACAAUUUACAGGGUUUUUUAACAUUACAUAAAAAGGAGAGAGAUGCAGACUCCAAGAAGAUCCUCGUUGCCAUGAGACGCUCACUCUGAAAGACACACAGGAGCUGAGCACAGCUGAGGGAAGAGUGAAUUCCCAGUUCCCAUCUUCCUCCAGGCGUGGAAGUGGAAGGGGGGCAAGUCCCCUUGUUCCUUCCCUCCCCUUCUCUCGUCACCCGCCCCGCUUGCCUGCAUAGGGUCAAAUCUGCACCUGUUCAAGGUGAGGAAGGUGGGACCCCUCUAAAGGGCCCACCCAGACCACAGGCCCAGCUGAGCCCAGGAGAGCUGCGCUUCCACGGGAGCCCCCGGCCCCGCACCAUCCAGGCCGCCACCUCGAUCCCACCUCUUACCUAGUACUUGUGAAUCUCCAGCCCCUCAAGGCCAGGCUUCUGGAAGUCUCUUGGACAGGCCUGCAAGGGGAAGAGGCUGCCCUGGCUUUGUGUCUCACAUGUGUGUGGCCUGAUCCUGCUGAUUCAAGGCCAGAGCAAACCCACAGUGAACUGAAAACCUGUAGGGCUGGUUGCUCAAGGUCUUGGUGUGAAGCUGCACUGUUCACAUUUAAGAUGGUUCAGACCAUUUCAGGAAGAGCCUGGUCAAAUUUAGAAGAUCUAUUUCUCUCCUAGAACUAAGGCUAGGUUUAAAGAAAAAAAUACGUUAUGGUUCUUAAUUCUGUCGUUUAAAGAAAUCACUCAAAACCGACAAUGGCAGUCGCAAAAAGACAAGUGCUGUAUGAUUCCACUUACGUGAGGUCCCUAGAUUCGUCAGAUGCAUGGGGACAGGAAGUAGGUGGUUGC